UACACAUCACUUUUAAUAAAAUGAUAUUAUUACUAAGGAACAAAACACGUGAAUACUUAAGGAGCUGAAUCUACGUAUUAAAAUAAUUAAAAAAUGUCCUACAUACCUUAACUUUUCAAGUUAUGGGCGACUAAAGAAAAUGUUCGGAAUGUCCACCACGUGCCACAAUACACGCUCUUACACGUCCAAACAUCGAAUACUGGUUUUAAAACCGUAUUAAACUCGAAAUUGAGAUACUGCGAAGUUGGAUUACCAAUAAACCCUACAAUCGGUGAUAUUUAUAAACAUCGUAUAAGAAUAAGUCGUAUUAAGGCGUGUACUAGCGUGUUUUGGUGCACAAGCGACUUUUUGUAAAAAUGGGACCAAAAAAAGCAAAAGCAACAGAUACUGUCGAUGGAAUAGACACGACCAAAAUGAGCAGAGAACAGUUGGAAGUCUAUUCGCACAAGAUACUUGAGGAAUUAGAACGAGAAAGAGAGGAAAGAAAUUUCUUUCAACUUGAAAGAGACAAGCUCAGAACUUUUUGGGAGAUCACAAAGCAUCAACUAGAUGAAACGCGUACAAUUGUCAGAAAUAAAGAACGCGAGAAAGAGGAACUAACGGAAAAACAUGAAGCAGAACUUAAAUUGUACAAGCAGAAAGUGAAACACUUGAUGUACGAACAUCAAAUUAAUCUAUCAGAAACCAAAGCUGAACACAUGGUUGCGCUUAAACUGGCGCAAGAUGAUUAUGUAGUCCAAGAAAAUGAAUUGUACAAAGAUAAGAAAGAUCUAAAAAAGAUACAGAAAGAACAAGAGCUAUCGUUUGUUAAUGAAAUACGUGCAUUGAAAUUGCAAAAUGCAGAGGAAAUAGAUAAAAUAACGAAACAGUUUGAAACUGAGGCUGCAGAAAUGGAGCAAAAAUACGAACAAAAGUUAACAACCCAAUAUGAAUCUCUAACUCUAAAACAUCGUAUGGAAAUAACUGAAGUGGAAGAGAGAAAAAAUACGCAAAUCGCGAAUUUAAUAAAAAAUCAUGAGACGGCGUUCUCAGAAAUGAAAAAUUAUUAUAAUGAUAUUACUUUUAACAAUUUGUCCUUGAUUAAGAGUAUGAAGGAACAAAUGGAAGUAAUGAGAAGUAACGAGGAGCGGAUGAAGAAACAAGUACGAGAAUUAACGACUGAGAAUAAAAAAUAUUCUACUGAUCUGAAGCUUCACGAGGAGUCUUUAACGCAUCUUACUCGUCAACUUGCAAGUUAUGAGAAAGAUAAACUAUCUUUAACUAAUACCAAAAAAAGAUUAACAGUUAUUCAGAAAGAUUUCGAGAACUUGAGGUGGGAGAACGAAGUAUUGGAAUUACGUUUUGAAAAAUGUCAAUCUGAAAGGGAUGAACUACACUCAAGAUUUGUCUCAGCUAUACUUGAACUUCAACAAAAAACAGGAUUGAAGAACGUCCUUUUAGAAAAGAAACUUGAAAAAUUGUCCGAUUUAUUAGAACAACGAGAAGCACAGAUCAGUGAAGUACUUGCUGCUGCUCAAUUGGAUCCAAUGACUGUUGUCAAUGCUAAUAAAAAAUUGGAGAAUAUAUUGAACAGGAAGAACAGUGCUAUACAAGAUCUCCAAUAUGAAUUAGCAAAAGUUUGCAAAGCACACGAGGAUCUACUUCGAACGUAUGAAGCUAAGUUACAAGAAUACGGGAUUCCAAAGAGCGAACUUGGUUUCCAGCCAUUAAAAAUAAAGGCAGUAAGUUCGAAACUAGGGUUGGGGCCGGCUGGUCUUGUUACCACAAAUCGCUAGGCUCAUAACAUUUUAAUAAAGUUAUCUGAAAUUUGAAUUACAAUUAGUCUACGUUUUUUUCCCGACUGAUUG